CAAAUUUCAGUGGAGCUUGGGCAGAGCGUUGGACACAACGUUGGCCGCUGUCGUGGCGACCAGAUUUAUUGGUGUAAAAAUAGUGAAAAUCGCUGGCAAAACGCUCGCAAAUCGCGUGUAAUUCGCUUGUAAAUCGUUUGUGAAAAGUUUGUGAAUCGCGCAGUUCAAAAUGUCUAUGGAUCCGGCUGUUUCACUGGAGGAUCUGGAACGCCGACGUCGCCGGGCCAGCUCAGCGCGCAAAGCAUCGCAGACGCCACAGCCACCGCCGCAGCUGGCAACUGACUCGGAGGCAAUGGCCGUCAUCAACGAGAUAUUCAAUCCCAGGCUCAAGCUGCCAGAGAGCACUGGCCAUUACACACUGCCCGAGGAGCUGACAGCCGAUGAUCAUGUGUCGCCGCAGGAUUUGGACAUUGCCAAGCUGGCGGAAUUGAAGGAAGUGUUCACGCUCUUCGACACGGACUGUGACGGGCUGAUAUCGAAAGAUGAUUUGCGAUUCACGUACACGGCCCUCGGCAAUGAGCCCAACGAGCAGCUGCUGGAGCAAAUGAUGUCGGAGGCUCAGGAGCCCUUGGACUAUGAGGCGUUCGUCCAGCUGAUGUGCCGCCGCACCAUAGAGCUGGAUCCGGAAGAGGUUCUGCUGGAGGCCUGGAGCAAAUGGGACGAUCACGGCACGGGCAUGAUCGAUGAGAGAAAAAUCUACGAGGAGCUAACCAACUACGGAGAUAAAAUGACCAUCAGCGAGGCAAAGGAGGCGCUCAGCCAUGCACCCAUGGCCAAGCCCAAAACCCUCGAGGAGCCGCCCAUGAUUGAUUAUCCCGCUUUCUGUCGCAUGCUUGGGGGAAUGCGUAAACGCAAGAAUAAGUAAAGCGUGGAGGGAACAUGCUGGAACUGUCAACAGUCGGAUAAAAUCAACAAACUCAAGAAUUUUCCUAAAUUUCAUCAAGUUUCUAUAGCAUAGUU